CGCCAUACGCUGAGACGGGUCUUCCGGCUUGGGGUCCACCUCCGCCGGUGAAGUCCGCAGAUCAACCGCUGACAGUUCCCGGAAGUGGCGCGGUUUCCAGUUUCCUUUGCUGUUGGGAGAAAUGGCGGUUGUCACCUUGAUCCCGACGCUGGCGCGGGUACUGUCAAAGCACAGCCUGCUGUCUCCUUUGCUUAGUGUGACAUCAUUCAGACGCUUCUACAGAGGUGACAGCCCAGAAGAUUCUCAAAAAGACAUGAUUGAAAUCCCUUUGCCUCCAUGGCAGGAGAGAACUGAUGAAUCCAUAGAAAUCAAAAGAGCUCGAUUACUCUAUGAGAGCAGAAAGAGGGGGAUGCUGGAGAACUGCCUUCUCCUUAGCCUCUUUGCUAAAGAAUAUCUGCACAACAUGACAGAAAAGCAGCUGAACCUCUACGAUCGCCUGAUUAAUGAGCCAAGCAAUGACUGGGAUAUCUACUACUGGGCCACAGAAGCAAAACCAGCUCCAGAAAUAUUUGAAAAUGAAGUGAUGGAACUGCUCAGAGAGUUCACCAAAAACAAAAACAAAGAGCAGAGACUACGUGCUCCAGAUCUAGACUAUCUCUUUGAAAAGCCUCGUUAAGCUGUCUGCCACUCUCUGCCAUGAUGGUCAGUAUAUGCUUCUGAAACUGCUUCUGGUACUGACCUUGGCUUCCUGCUUCUCCUUAGGCACUUGAACCUCUCUUCCAGGACAGACAUAUAAUGUGCAAGAUGACUCAUUCUAACCUGUGCUUAUCUGUACAGCACAGGUCAGACUCCUUACCCGGCUGCUGUGCUGUGAUGCAGGUCUGCCACAAGAGGGCACUGUAAGGGAAGCAAAUCAGCUGCUUUGGCCCCAACAGUACAAAAGACACAGCCAUUAUACAAAGAGCAGCCCACCCCGCCCUCCUCCACCCAGUGGCUCUGGGCUUUGUUAAACUGCCCCCUUCCAACGUGAUACAGUUCUUUUGCCAAAGAAGGCCGAUCCAAGCCCCUGAACUGAGCCCAUCAAAGGCACAGCAAGCUGAAUUCCACACCAAGCAGGAAUGAUGUGGGCACGCUGCCUAAGUCGACAUCCUCAUCAGAUUUUCUUCACAACAUGCACAUUGUAAACUGAAAGAUAAUUAAAUAUUGAAAGAUAUCAAGAGAAAGGAAUUGACAGUUCUCUAACCCUCACAA